GUUUAUACUAGUAGAAAUGAGCGUAUAAAAAUUCAUAUGACGCUUGCAUGUUUAAAAAGAAGCCGAAGCCGGCUUCGGUUAAGUUAAACGGAGCUAGUCCAGCGGGACUAUUCCUCCCUAGUAGGAGUAGGAGAGGAGUAGUCCCCACAUUGACACACGUUGCGCACGGGACGCAGGCCGCCCGGAGCACGGCUUCCUGUCUCCUCCGCUUCUCCUUCGCUGCGACUGCGACUGCGACUGCGGUGCGGGGGGAGGGGGCGGAUCCCCAUCUCCGGCACAUGGCCCCCGCCUCGCUGGACGAGCUCCAUUGCGCGGCCGCGGAGGGCGAGCUGCAGUGGCUCCGGCGGUGCGCGGGGACGGUCGCGGAGGGGGGCGACAUCCGGUGGCUCCGGCGCUGCGUGGGGGCGGCCACCAAGGGCUUCGCCAUCGGGGCCGGGCUCAAGGGCGGCCUCGCGCUAUUCUCCCUCCUCGUCCGCCUCCGCACCCGCCGCUCCACCAGAUCGAGGAAGGCGGGCGCGAUGACCAACGAGGAGGCGGCACUGCUGGCGCUCAAGGAGACGGUCAGGUACGGCAUGUUCCUCGGCACCUUCGCCGGCUCCUUCGUCUCCGUCGACGAGUGCAUCGCCGCCCUUUGGGGCCGCAAAAGAACAGCAAGGUGGAGGUCAUUAUUAUCUGGGUUAAUUGCUGGUCCUUCUAUGCUCUUGACGGGGCCAGGCACGCAGCAUACCAGUUUGGCAAUAUACAUUCUCAUGCGUGCGGCGGUGCUUGCGUCACGUUGUGGAAUAAAGAGCAGAAGAUUUGGAAAGAUUUGCAAACCUUUGACCUGGUCACAUGGUGAUGUCUUCCUUAUGUGCCUUUCAUCUGCACAAAUUUUAUCUGCAUACAUUCUACAGCAGGACAGUUUGCCGUCAUCAUAUAAAUCAUUUCUGAAGACGCAUGGUGGAAAGGAUCAGUCUAUUCUGCAAGGGUUGAAGGAAGUAGUCAACCACACUGCUUUCUCUAACCUAGAGGCUAUUGAGAAGCACUACAAAUCUGUUGGUGUUGACAUAAAGUUGGAUCCAGACAUGAAAGUGCCUUGCUCAAUUGUGCAUGGCAAUCAAUCAUGUGCAGGACAUUUUAUUUCGUUCUUGUUACAAGCAUAUGGAAGAGCAGUUCCUGUCUAUAUUCCAGUCUACCUAGUUCCUGCACUUGUAGUUCAUCGGCAGGAUCUGUUGAAAAGGCCUUACACAAUAAUGGGGAAGAGUCUUCUAGGAACAGCAAGAUCUAGCCUGUUCCUCUCAAUGUAUUGUGCAUCUGCAUGGGCUUGGACAUGCUUCCUUUUUAGAACCUUCGAGAAGUGUAGUACUCCACUUGUUGUACUUGGCACGUUCCCGGCGGGUCUGGCGCUGUUUAUCGAGAAGAAAAGCAGGAGAACCGAGAUAUCCCUGUACUGCCUUGCGAGAGCCAUCGAGAGUUUCUUCACAUGCCUGACCGACGCUGGACUCUGCCCUCCGAUACUACAGAUCAAGCGAGCCGAUGUAGUGGUUUUCAGCAUGGCUACCUCGAUCAUCAUGCACUGCUACGCCCAGGAAAGAGAGGUUUUCCGGUCCAAGUACCUGAAUGUCCUUGACUGGGUGUUCGGCGUGCCGCUUCCGUCGGAGGACGAUGAAAGCAAAUGCCAUUCUACAUCCAGUGACGGAAUCAAGAAAGGAAUAUUCACCAUUGAAUGAUGGAAUCAAGAGAUUCGGUAGCUCGCUGGUCUGUAGAAAUUCCUCUCCAAUGGGGUUGUGAUGUUAGUGCAAGAGUAGAUAGGCACAUUAGAUGGAUUCUUCUAGCUUACAGUAAGCCUGGUACAGGAGGCUCUCCCCAGAUCCCCACAAGCGGAAUUUAACGGGUGUAACAAAUCAUAGAUUUAUUAUUCAAUUUAUUUAUCGGAAACCAAUGCCCUGGUUCAGGACAUAUGAACUGUAAACUAUUGAUCUUGUGAUAUUGUACCUUUUUAUCC